GUGGUAGCCCGUGAAAUAACUCAAACCAUAUUUGGAAGUCUCUAUAUCAACUAUAACUUUAUUCGAUUAAAAGAGCGAAAUGCUUUAUAGGGGGAUAGUAUAAUAAUGUGUUAUAAUUGAUCUUUAGUAUAAAUAAAAAGGGAAAAAUUACAAACGAAAUAAAGAAGUAUGGCGCUGAGCUCUUACAAGAGCCAAAGAUGCACGAAUACGUCUCUGAACAAGUUAGUUGUCGUAGUCGUAGUCCUGCUCGGGUUCCUCGUAAGAAGGCUCCUCGUAAGAGGGCUGCUCGUAGUCAGUGUUGUUGUUGCCGCUCUCGGGGACAAUGGGCUCCUUGCCGUCCUUGUCGGCAAAGGGGUCGUUGUGGCGGUCCGUGUUGCGGACAUACUCCUGGAUCUCAGCAAGAUCGUCGGCAACAGCCUGGCCCCAGAUAUCAGUGAUGAAGCCGUAUACCAUGUCCAUGCCGGCCGAGAUGCCAGAGGAGGUGUAGAUGUUGCCAUCGACAACCCAGCGAGCCUCGUUGAUCCAGUUGGUCUUGGGGCCAAGAGGGACAACCUCGUCAAAGGACUGCUUGUUGGUGGUGGCGUUGCGGCCGUCGAGGACACCAGCACGGGCAGCAAGUGCAGAGCCGGUGCAGACAGUCAAGAGGUACUUGAGCUUGGGGUACUGCAGCUUGACAAAGUCGACAACGUGCUGCGAGGCAGCCGUGUCGCGAGUACCCAGGCCACCAGGGACAAGGAGGACCUCGAGAUCGGGGCGGGGAGCCUCGAUGGCGUGCGUGGCCACGAACGAGGCGCCAACGGGGCCCUUGCCGGGGACAACGCUGCUGACGGUCUUGUUGCCAGUGGUCAGGAUGUCGACGGUGAUGUUGGCAUGCUUCUGGAGCGUGGCCAGUGUGUCCAGAGGGCCGUAGGCAUCGAGCACCUGGAAGCCGUCAAAGAGGACAAUGCCAAACUUGGUAGGCUUGACAGCGGGAGGCGUGGCGGCAGGAGGCGCAAUAGCAGGUGUAGUGGCGGCAGGAGGGGCGGCGCUGGAGGAGGCAGCAGGAGUUGAAGAGGACUCGGGGAUGCUCGAGGAGGCGGGCUCGGUGGCCUCGGGGAUGGUGCUGGACACAGGGGGAGUGACGAGCGUGCUGUUGUCGGCGCGGAUGGCGAGGCCCGAGGCUGAGGCCGUCAGCAGAGAGAGAAGGACAGAGGACUUGACAAGCAUCUUGAUCGUUGGCGCUAAAAGAAGGCUGCGGCUGAAAGAAGAAGAAUGAAGAAGAGGAGGAGGCUGUGUAUUAGAUGAGGAGUGAGUGUCUGAUGAGAAUCGAAACAGAAUCCAAGCGGGAAAUCCAGCUGGUAUUUAUUUUGCCAUUUGUCCCUGCUUUUUGCAUUGAGAGUUAUCUGCCAUUCGCUUGCUUGUCAUCUACAGCAUCGCAACGGACACGAUAUUCUCUGCAACGCUGGCUUACACGGUGUAGGAGCCGUUGCGCCUACAGACGUUGCGUUGCGCUGGGCCCGCACGCGAUGGCGCUGCAGCCUGCCGGUGCCUGGGCGCGCUGAUUAGCGGAAGCCUUUUUUGCGCCAUAUUCUACUUAAUUAAUUUCAUCAACGGCGCCCCAGUGGGGGAAGAAAGAGGCGGGUGGUGGCCGCGCACUGCAGAGCUUACAUCGCCAGAAGCCGCCAAACGCGCAGACUUUUUGACAGGAAAUAGCGUGCGGAAUAGGCAGGUGGGUUAGGGGGGCGUGAGUGGGAAUAGGGCGAUUUGUAGGGCUGAACAAGCCACUCAAUCAGCUAAAAGAGGAGGUCUUUGCUCCGCUGCAAGCCAAUCAGGCUGGAGAGUAGACGAAGCACCGCCGCGUCGCAAUGGCUCUUCACCUUUUCUUCCAAGCGCGUGCAGCAGCAACGGUGAGAGAUUUUGCUUCGAAGCUAAUGACCAAUUGUGAAGCGAAAGGGUUGCGUGCUCUGCUCGCCUCAUCGUCAGCCUGGAGGGUUCCCCUUGCGCGUGCUGUGUUGCAGAGUAUCUCCCAGCAAGUGUCGUGUGCUAUGCUACUGCUGCAUUACUUUGCAUCGUCUGGGCGGCCAUUGAUCGUCUAAGCGAACAAAACAUCACCAUACCAAAGAUGCACAGCGGUAAAGUCAUGGCUGCUGCGUCAUGUUGCAUCCCGUGACAGCUCGCUACUUCGCUGGGUUGCGCUACGGGAUGCGACCCAACGGCGGACCCAGCGGACUGGACCAGGGCAACGACAGGGCGAAGGAAAAAAGUCAAUCACUCACGUAUUGCCCUGCUAAAUAUACCGAAUAGAGUCACGGGCGGCCCUCUGCGCCCAGCUAAAGGCUAAAGUCGUCUGCAGGCACAAGGAGUCAUAGCCUGAUCUGACACGGUGAUUGGCUGCGCGCAACGACACGCCCCCUCCAAACGAAAAGGCUGCAGCCUCACCCGUUCCCUCACCGGAGGGGUUCUUCGUUUCGCACAGCGGCGGACACUUUGAGAAGUACUCGCCUUGGCCCCCCCGACGAUGAGGCAAUGCGGCAGUGCUUGCAAUCGGGCGGCCGCGGCGGAGGAACGAAGGUGUGCCUCGUGGAUAGGCGAACGAAGCGAACGGGGGAAUACGAUGCGGAUGACGGCCGUGGGCUGAACUGAAGUUAUAAAAGGGAUUGAGGCUGCCGGCUUGGAGGAAAUGAUAUCCGGAUCUCGUCCCUAUUCUGUUUCUAUCCAUCUUUAUUAUCAAUCACUCUUUUAUAAAACAAAACAAACAAAAACAAACAGCACUUACACACUUGUACACCCAUACACUUACACGUCUUCAAGACUACUUCGCCUGCUCAACAGCAACAAAAUCCCAAGACGCUACCUGCCCGUAUAGCUCUUUUUGUGUUAGCAUGGCUGAAAACACCAGCAACAACAACACACUGCAAGACGCUGGGCCAAAGGACCCUGCUCAACUAGGAAAGCUCUGGGAACAACUCGAAAAGGAACUCCCGGUCGACAUACACAUUGAUGAGACGCACAAGGAUAAGACGGCUCUGCAGCUGCUAGAGUCAGAGCCCACGGCAUCCAUCUUCCACAAAUUCGUCAAGGAGAACCCAGACAUCCUCAAGACAUUCAGCACAACUUCCGAUGGAGAGUACACAUUCUUUGUACCAGUCGAUGGCGGCUGGCCUCCUGUAGGCAACACUACUGCAAGCGAAGUCGGGCCUGAAGGAUGGCCUCCUCCUGGCAGACGGGCUGCUGGAGAAGUUGGACCCGAGGGAUGGCCUCCUCCCGGUAGAAAGGUAGCCGGAGAAGUCGGACCUGAAGGGUGGCCACCACCUGGUAAGGCAGCUUUAGCUGGCGAGGUUGGACCCGAAGGAUGGCCCCCUCCCGGUAAGAGAGAAGCUGGUGAAGUAGGCCCCGAGGGAUGGCCUCCACCUGGCAAGGCCAACAUCGCCGCGCCUGCUGAUACUCCCGAUGACGGCUGGCCACCACCCGGUUUGGCUGCCGAAGCAGCUCCCUCUAACGAUAAGCCACCUGAGAUCGGCUGGCCUCGAGCAGAGAAGGCUGUGGCGGCAGGUGAGCCAGAGAUUGGCUGGCCCAAGCCUACAGCUCCAAGCACCGGAGAGAUCGGACCUGAAGGAUGGCCUCCUCCCGGCAAGGCCAACAUUGCUGCUAUACCAUCUUCUGGUGAAGGCACCAACGGUUGGCCGCCACCUGGUAGAAAGGAAGCAAUCCGCCAUAACGUCCCCAGCUCUUCCAGCACGAACCCGGGCGGAUGGCCUCCUGCUUCCAACACUGCUCUGAUUCACGCCAUCAACAGAGUCUCACAGCCUGGAAACGACUCAAGCGAGUCAGAGGAUCAGCCUGCUGAUAAGACGGCACCAGGUGACGUUGGGCCUGAAGGUUGGCCUCCUCCUGGCAGGAGGGCCGCCGGUGAAGUUGGACCUGAGGGAUGGCCCCCUCCAGGUAAACUUGCCGCAGACGAGGUCGGACCAGAGGGUUGGCCUCCCCCUGGCAAGCGAGCUGCUGAGGGAACCGAUGGAGGAUGGCCUCCUGUGGGCAAGAAGGUGGCUGCUAGCACUGAUGACGAGAAGCCCCCCGAGAUUGGAUGGCCUCGCGCAGAAGAGGCCAGCAGCAAGCCCCCAGAGAUUGGUUGGCCACAUCCACCACAACCUCCUGCUGUUGCUACCGCCAGUGACGAGAAGCCUCCAGAGAUUGGCUGGCCCCGUGUAGCAGAGACUGCCGCUGCUAGCACCGAUAAACCUCCCGAGAUUGGCUGGCCUCAUCCUGGACAACCUCCCGCUGCUACUGCCAACGACGAUGGAAAGCCCCCAGAAAUCGGCUGGCCCCGUGCCAAAGAGGCUACCGCAGACGACGAGAAGCCGCCAGAGAUUGGGUGGCCUCGCGCAGAGAAGGAUGCUACUGUUGAUGCUGCUAAGCCACCAGAGAUCGGUUGGCCGCAUCCUCCACAGCCUAUUGCUGCUGGUACGGAUAAGUCUGACGAGAUUGGUUGGCCUCGUGUGGCAGAGGCUACUGCUACUGUUGAUGCUGCUAAGCCUCCUGAAAUCGGUUGGCCAAACCCACCACAUCCCACUGUUGCCGGCACCAACGACGACAAGCCUCCAGAGAUAGGAUGGCCUCGUACGGCAACAGAUACUGCUGUUAGCACUGACAAACCGCCUGAGAUUGGUUGGCCUCAUCCUCCGCAACCUUCUGUUACUGGUACCAACGAUGAGAAACCACCAGAGAUUGGCUGGCCUCGUGCUGAAACAGACACUGCUGCUGAUACAGCUAAGCCUCCUGAGAUUGGUUGGCCCCGUAAGGAAGCAGACUCGGCUGCCAAACCUCCAGAGAUUGGUUGGCCUCACCCAGGACAGCCUCCGGUUGUGAGCACCAGCGAUGAGAAGCCUCCCGAGAUUGGAUGGCCUCGUAAGGAAACAGACGCGGCUGCUACCGCCGACGAUGAGAAACCUCCCGAGAUUGGCUGGCCCCGUGUAGCAGACACUACAGACAAGCCGCCCGAGAUUGGAUGGCCUCGUGUCGCUACUCCCUCCACCGACCUGCUCUCUCACCACAUCGUGCCUCACUUCUUCACGACCGAAUGGCUACGACACAUGGCCAACAUCCCCACGCUCGCCCGCAACAAGGUCAGCAACCGCCCUGGCAUGUUCACGCCCUCCUUUGCAGCUUCCACCGGCGGCGUCAUCAACAGCACCGUCAAAAUCCUCAAGAGCAACGUCAAGGUCGCCAACGGCAUUGUGCACUUCAUCUCUGCGCCCCUGACCCGCCCAGCCGACCUCCUCAGUGUUGUCGAGAACCAAGCCAACGUGCCCGACAUCAUCAAGAACACUAUCAAGCAGCACAACCUUAUCCCUGUCGACCAUGAGCAGACUGCCAUCUUGCCCUCGACUGAGGCCUUCCAGCGCCUCGGCGACGAGACUGUCCAGUUUCUCUCGUCGGCUGAUGGCGCGCCGUACCUGACUGCGCUGGUCAAGUACCAUAUUGUGCCGAAUACGACAUUCUACCGCACUUUCAUUUGGCCCAAGAAUGAUAUUGACAGACGUAUUCCUUCCACUGAGGCCCCUUCGACUCAUAUUGGUACGCGCAAUGUUCCCUUUGACACGCUGCUCAAGGAUAAGGAUGGCAAGGCGGAGCAGAUUGACCUGACGAUCCAUCGUCAUAUCGGGUUGAUUGAUCUGGGCUUCAAUAAGACUGUUGCGGGAGAGGAAUUGGAUGUUUCGGCUAACAAUGGCUCCUUGCACGUUCUUAAGCGUGUCUUGAUGCCUGGCGGUGCUGGCGCCGCAGAGGGCGCUGUGUCUGUGGAUGACCUCAAGAAGGCUUUUGACGGAUUCGCUUUGUAA